CGAGAGCGCCCACACCAGCUGCUUCUUCGUCAUAGCAGCCAUGCAGGUGAGUGCGCUCGUUCGUGGACGUCGAUCAAUCAUUGCAACGACAAACGAAAAUCGCUCACAAAAAGCCCUCAACCACACACCACACACACAUACAGCUUAGCAUCUUUAUAUGGCUGCCACCAAAAAACACGCGCGCCCGCGCAGAUCUUCGUGAAAACCCUCACCGGCAAGACCAUCACGCUCGACGUCGAGCCGAGCGACACGAUCGACAACGUGAAGCAGAAGAUCCAGGACAAGGAGGGCAUCCCGCCCGACCAGCAGCGCCUCAUCUUCGCGGGCAAGCAGCUGGAGGACGGCCGCACGCUGAGCGACUACAACAUCCAGAAGGAGUCGACCUUGCACCUCGUCCUGCGCCUCCGAGGCGGCCACUGCCAGGUGCCCUGCGGCAUCUUCGACGACCCGAAGCUCGCGUCGGAGCUCCGCGAGGCCUGCGCGACGGUCGAGAAGGCCAUGGCCCAGAUCACGGAGCUCUACGGCAAGAUGGCCGAGGGCCCGCUCGUCAUCAACCAGAUGACGCGCUGGGUGAACACGAAGGAGGAGCACUGCGCGAAGAUCAUCGACCUCGUCGCGAACCGCGUGGAAAUCAAAAUCCUACGGCGCGGUCGUGCUGAAUCAUCGCGUCGUCCUCGUGCACCCGACGCACUGGUUGAUGUGCACACAGGUCGCGAACUACUGCCUCUGCCAGCGCUGCUGGCCCUUCGGCCACGCGAAGUCGCCCUUCAAGACGAAGGAGGACUACAUGGACGCGCUCCUCGCGCACCACGCGGUCAUGACCGCCGCCAUGAAGGCCAAGCAGGCCGUCGAGCCCUCGGCGUCGGCGGCGCUCAAGCACGCCGUCGAGGACGCGGUCAAGAUGUACGUGCCCCUCUAGGCGGGUAA